CGCCUAUCCUGCGACAUGCGAGAUGUAUUUCUCGCGGAGCAUGAAGUCUACCACGAUGCGAUCUGACCGCAGAUGUGUAAUUAUUGACAAAACCGACAGCGUCAACUCAAAGGCCUUGGCUUUGCACCCACGAUAGAGGCAAACUCGGAAUCGCCUUAGCUUUGCAUUCGACUGAGGAAGUCCUCGAAAAGCCAACUUGCCGACGCCGAGCCUGUGCGCUUCAGCUUCAGCCCAAUUCGUAGACGACAACGGAUUCAUGCCUGUAUCGUGACCGCCGGCGAAGGGAGGCGGACGGAGGCGUAUCCUUCCUUGCUACCGUCAGUCAUCCUGCACGGUUCACCCAUCCGCGCCUGCUCCCCCGGCUUCAGUCCAAUCGCGACUGAAUACGAUCGCCCCCGCGCGUGACCGCUCCCCCGACCGAUCUACUGAUCUCAGCUUCCCCCAUGUCUCCAGCGCUUACAACGUCGAUUGACAAGGCCUCCGAGGCGACGAAGAAGAGCCUCAUCGCCGAUCGGCCGACGCAUAUCUUGCAUCGGACCCCAUGGAGGCCGCCUGUGGCGACCAAGGCUGAGGGGCUCACCAUUACGCUCGAGGACGGGUCGACCUUGAUCGAUGCGGCUGGUGGUGCGGCGGUUGUAUCGAUUGGGCACGGGCAUCCGAAGGUUAUUGAGGCCAUUAAGGACCAGGCCGAGAAGGUGUGCUAUGUAUACAACAUGCAGCUCUCGAAUGAGCCCGCAGAGGAGCUUGCGGACUUCAUUAUCAAGGAGAGCGAUGGGGCUUUCGAGCUCUGCGGAUUUGUCUCUGGGGGCUCCGAGGCCAUGGAGGGUGCUAUCAAGCUCGCCAGGCAGUAUUUCUGGGAGACCAACCAGCCGCAGCGCACCAACUUCAUCGCACGGCAGCUUUCCUACCACGGGAAUACCGUCAGCACGCUAGGUCUAGCCCUGCACCCCACCCGCCGCGCGCCCUACGCCGGCAUCAUGGACGACAAGCACUUCCAUCACGUCUCCCCUGCAUAUGCGGCGAGAUUCCAGAAGGCAGAUGAGACGGAGGAGCAGUACGUCGAGAGGCUUCGGAAGGAGCUGGAGGACAAGUUCAUCGAGUUGGGCCCUGAUACGGUCAUUGGGUUCUUCGCCGAGACGGUUGUCGGCGCGACUACUGGCUGCGUCCCGCCACCAAAGGGGUACCUCAAGGCCAUGAAGUCCGUGUGUGACAAGUAUGGGGCGCUCUUCGUCCUCGAUGAGGUCAUGAGCGGGAUGGGGCGCAUGGGGUCCUACCAUGGUUGGCAGACUUACGGGCCUGAUGCACCUCCGGAUAUCCAGGCUGUGGCUAAGGGGCUCGGUGGAGGCUAUGCAUCCAUCGGCGCGGUGCUGAUGAACAAAAGGGUCGCGGAGGGUGUCCGUGGGCUGUGGAAGCAUGGGCACACCUAUCAGGCGCAGCCGCUUUCGUGCGCGGCGUCGCUCGCGGUGCAGAAAGUGUUCAAGGAGGAGAAGCUGAUUGAGAACUGCCGAGUGCAGGGCGAAUACUUGGGCCAGCAACUUGAGGGGAAACUUGGCCGUAGCUCGCCAUCGACCGCCGCGCCCUUCGUCUUCAACAUCCGAGGAGGCGGGAUGUUUUGGGGCACCGAGUUUGACUUUACCGUCCCCGAAGCUGCGAACCUGGACUUCAAGGGCCGGGCGUUUGCCAUCUCGGUGCAGCAGCGCUGCUUGGAGAAUGGUCUUAUUGUGAUGGGUCUGACCGGUGGAUCAAACCUUGAGGGGACGAAGGGGGAUCACGUCAUGCUUUGCCCGCCGUACACGGUGACUAAGGGGGACAUCGACGAGAUCGUGAAGCGAUAUGUACAGAGCGUAGAAGAGGUGCUGAAGGAGGCUGGCCUGUGAGAUGUAUGCCUCAAAUGUACAAUAUAGACGUUGUGGGUCCAGGGCUUACGCGACUCGGCAUCUGCCGGUGGUAGCGGGACCAGUCUAAUCAGGCUGGGUGGACUUUCUUCGUGACCUCCA